AUGGGCUUCUGCGGCAGCGUCUGGGCCGAUGUGAAUUCUUCAGCCAACCAGACUGCUUCAUGCAUGAAACGAGAGGAUGGCGGCCCUGGCAGAUCGAUAACCAACGAGUACCAUAUCCAUCGGCUCGUGAACAAUGCUGUCAACUCAAAUCCCCGACACGCCGCCAGCUUUCGCAUCCCUUUAUGUCGCGGUUUUCUCAAGAAAAGCGACGCAGACUGGUCGAAGAUCCUGCUGCGACUGCCACCAGGCUCCACGUCCUGCAACGCGCUGCUCAGCGAGAAGGUUCAGCCAGUGUCAGAGACCGCCCGAAGAUUGCUGGCGGUCAAUUACGCAAAGGACCAUGAUAGUGAGGUGAUUAUGGGCGACAAGAAGAACGAGCACUGCCUCAUCCGCCCGUACCUUGGCCAUAGGAGACACGGUUGGGUUAGAAGACCGGGAAAGCCUGCGUUCUUCAGUUUGCGGAAUUUCCCUCUUCAUAUCGACCAAAUGGAAGAGCUCGGCAUGUCGAUUGAGCCGUACGCAAAGACAAUGGCAGAGGGUCUUGCCUUUCUCCUAUGGGUCGCGAGGAUUGAUGCCAACGACGUCGAGUUUGUCCUUGCCCGCCCUCGCCCGUCAAACUCGGAAUCCAGCAAGUUUGAAGCAAAUAUUCUAGGACCUCAUUCCAUGUGGAUUGUAGACUUUGGCUGCUGCAACCCGAUGCCCAUGGAUGAGGAAGGGGUAGAGAUUGCUGCUCGGUGUUUCUGGAGGAACGACCCCUUCUACCCGCGGCCCGGGAGUUCCAAUGCCGCCGAUGAGAGUCUUUGGGGGAUCUUUCGGGAGCAGUUCCUAAGAGUCAGUGAGUGGAUACUUGAGGAUGAGUCGUCAUUUGUGAGAGAGCUCCCUGCGCGUUUGAUUGACAAGAUUAUUGAAACUAGAGGCAAGCUUGACUGA